GUGGUUUGGCGGUGGAUGGGGGCGCCGCGCCGCGCCCCCGCCAGCUCCGCCGCCCAGCCGCCAGGUCGGGGGCCCGCCGCGCCUCCGCAGCGCCCGGCACGCUGAGUUCGUUUUGGAAGUGGAUAACUGCUCAGCUGGCAAGGAUAACAAGAGUGUUGAGAGCCCAAUUUGCAGGAGCCAUGGAAGAGUCUUCCCAACCCACUAAACCUGUGGAGAACCCUCACUCUCGCUUCAUUAUUGGCUCUGUGUCAGAGGAUAACUCGGAAGAUGAGACAAGCUCCUUGGUGAAACUUGACCUGCUAGAGGAGAAGGAGAGGUCUUUGUCGCCUGUCUCUGUCUGCUCAGAUUCCCUGUCAGAUCUAGGACUUCCCAAUGCUCAAGAUGGCCUGGCAACCCAUAUGAGGCCCAGCAUGUCUGGUUUACACCUUGUGAAGCAGGGCCGGGACAGGAAGAAAGUUGAUGUGCAGCGGGAUUUCACUGUGGCUUCUCCAGCAGAAUUUGUUACUCGGUUUGGAGGGAAUAAGGUUAUUGAAAAGGUGCUGAUAGCAAAUAAUGGCAUUGCAGCGGUGAAGUGCAUGAGGUCCAUCCGCCGGUGGUCCUACGAGAUGUUUCGAAACGAGAGGGCCAUCAGAUUUGUUGUUAUGGUGACUCCUGAGGAUCUGAAAGCAAAUGCAGAGUAUAUUAAAAUGGCAGAUCACUACGUCCCAGUUCCAGGAGGACCAAACAAUAACAACUAUGCAAAUGUGGAACUCAUUCUUGAUAUUGCAAAGCGGAUUCCAGUGCAGGCUGUGUGGGCUGGCUGGGGCCAUGCAUCUGAGAACCCUAAACUACCAGAGCUUCUCCACAAAAAUGGGAUUGCUUUCAUGGGUCCUCCAAGCCAAGCAAUGUGGGCCUUAGGAGAUAAAAUUGCUUCUUCCAUAGUGGCACAGACUGCUGGCAUUCCAACUCUUCCUUGGAGUGGCAGUGGUCUUCGAGUGGACUGGCAGGAGAAUGAUCUGCAGAAGCGAAUCCUCAAUGUUCCUCAGGAGCUGUAUGAAAAAGGCUAUGUGAAAGACGCGGACGAUGGACUGCGGGCUGCUGAGGAGGUUGGCUACCCUGUCAUGAUCAAGGCUUCUGAAGGAGGAGGAGGAAAAGGAAUUAGGAAGGUUAACAACGCAGAUGACUUCCCCAACCUCUUCAGACAGGUUCAAGCUGAAGUCCCAGGCUCUCCAAUCUUUGUGAUGAGACUGGCCAAGCAGUCCCGGCACCUGGAGGUGCAGAUCCUGGCGGAUCAGUAUGGCAAUGCCAUCUCGCUCUUUGGCCGGGAUUGCUCCGUGCAGCGCAGGCACCAGAAGAUUAUUGAGGAAGCACCUGCUUCUAUUGCAACUUCGGUGGUGUUUGAGCACAUGGAACAGUGUGCAGUGAAGCUUGCCAAAAUGGUGGGGUACGUGAGUGCUGGCACUGUGGAAUACCUGUACAGCCAGGAUGGCAGCUUCUACUUUCUGGAGUUGAAUCCCCGCCUGCAAGUGGAGCACCCCUGCACAGAGAUGGUGGCUGAUGUCAAUCUGCCUGCAGCGCAGCUCCAGAUUGCCAUGGGGAUCCCCCUCCACAGGAUCAAGGAUAUCCGAAUGAUGUAUGGUGUUUCUCCGUGGGGAGAUGGAUCUAUUGACUUUGAGAACUCAGCCCACGUCCCCUGUCCCCGCGGCCAUGUCAUCGCUGCACGUAUCACCAGUGAGAAUCCUGAUGAGGGAUUUAAGCCCAGUUCUGGAACAGUUCAGGAGCUGAACUUCCGCAGCAAUAAGAAUGUCUGGGGCUAUUUCAGUGUGGCUGCUGCAGGAGGGCUGCAUGAGUUUGCUGAUUCUCAGUUUGGUCACUGCUUCUCUUGGGGAGAAAACCGGGAAGAAGCCAUCUCAAACAUGGUAGUGGCUUUGAAGGAGCUGUCCAUCCGAGGGGAUUUCCGAACCACUGUGGAGUACUUGAUUAAACUCCUGGAAACAGAAAGCUUCCAGCAGAACCGCAUUGACACGGGCUGGUUGGAUCGACUUAUCGCUGAGAAAGUUCAGGCUGAAAGGCCUGAUACCAUGCUGGGAGUGGUGUGUGGAGCUCUGCAUGUGGCUGAUGUCAGCUUCCGCAACAGCGUCUCCAACUUCCUGCACUCCCUAGAAAGGGGCCAAGUCCUGCCUGCUCAUACACUGCUGAACACUGUGGAUGUGGAACUCAUCUAUGAAGGACGAAAGUAUGUGCUGAAGGUGACCCGUCAGUCUCCCAAUUCCUACGUGGUGAUCAUGAACAGCUCCUGUGUGGAGGUGGAUGUGCACCGGCUCAGUGAUGGAGGACUGCUCCUGUCUUACGACGGUAGCAGCUAUACUACCUACAUGAAAGAAGAAGUGGACAGGUAUCGCAUCACUAUAGGGAACAAGACCUGUGUGUUUGAAAAGGAGAACGAUCCCUCCAUUCUGCGCUCACCUUCUGCUGGGAAGCUUAUCCAGUACGUGGUGGAGGAUGGGGGCCACGUGUUUGCUGGCCAGUGCUUUGCAGAAAUAGAGGUAAUGAAAAUGGUGAUGACACUAACAGCAGGAGAAUCAGGCUGCAUCCAUUAUGUCAAACGCCCAGGAGCUGUCUUGGAUCCAGGCUGUGUGAUUGCCAAGCUCCAGCUGGAUGAUCCCAGCAGGGUUCAGCAGGCUGAACUGCACACAGGUACCUUGCCUCAGAUCCAGAGCACAGCGCUUCGAGGUGAGAAACUCCAUCGCAUCUUCCAUUAUGUCCUGGAUAACCUGGUCAAUGUGAUGAAUGGAUACUGCCUGCCAGAGCCCUACUUCAGCAGCAAGGUGAAGGGCUGGGUUGAGCGACUAAUGAAGACGCUGAGAGAUCCAUCUUUACCUCUGCUGGAGCUUCAGGACAUCAUGACCAGUGUUUCUGGACGGAUUCCACCCAAUGUAGAGAAGUCCAUCAAGAAGGAGAUGGCCCAAUAUGCCAGCAACAUCACGUCAGUCCUUUGCCAGUUUCCCAGCCAACAGAUUGCCAAUAUCCUGGAUAGCCACGCAGCCACCCUGAACCGCAAAUCGGAGCGUGAGGUCUUCUUCAUGAACACUCAGAGCAUUGUGCAGCUGGUACAGAGGUACCGGAGUGGCAUUCGAGGUCACAUGAAAGCAGUGGUGAUGGAUCUGCUGCGUCAGUAUCUGAAGGUGGAGACUCAGUUUCAGCAUGGUCACUAUGACAAGUGUGUCUUUACGCUUCGGGAAGAGAAUAAAAGUGAUAUGAAUGCUGUGUUGAACUACAUCUUCUCACAUGCUCAGGUCACCAAGAAGAACCUGCUUGUUACAAUGCUCAUUGACCAGCUCUGUGGCCGUGACCCCACCUUGACAGAUGAGCUGAUUAAUAUUCUGACAGAGCUGACCCAGCUCAGCAAGACGACCAACGCCAAAGUGGCCCUGCGAGCGCGGCAGGUUCUCAUUGCUUCCCACUUGCCCUCCUACGAGCUGCGUCACAACCAGGUGGAGUCCAUCUUCCUGUCUGCUAUUGACAUGUACGGACACCAGUUCUGCAUUGAGAACCUGCAGAAACUCAUUUUGUCCGAGACAUCCAUCUUUGAUGUGCUUCCCAACUUCUUCUACCACAGUAACCAGGUGGUAAGGAUGGCAGCUUUGGAGGUGUACGUUCGAAGGGCGUAUAUUGCCUAUGAGUUAAACAGUGUCCAGCACCGCCAGCUGAAGGACAACACUUGUGUGGUGGAGUUCCAGUUCAUGCUGCCCACCUCCCACCCAAACAGAGGGAACAUCCCCACGCUAAACAGAAUGUCCUUCUCUUCCAACCUCAAUCACUACGGGAUGGUCCACGUAGCCAGCGUGAGUGAUGUACUGCUGGAUAACUCCUUCACCCCACCGUGCCAGCGCAUGGGUGGCAUGGUCUCCUUCCGCACCUUCGAGGAUUUUGUCAGAAUCUUUGAUGAAGUGAUGGGUUGCUUCUGCGACUCUCCUCCCCAGAGCCCAACCUUCCCUGAAGCUGGCCAUGCUUCCUUGUAUGAUGAAGACAAGGCUGCACGUGAGGAGCCCAUUCACAUUCUCAAUGUUGCUAUUAAAACAGACAGUGAUGUGGAUGAUGAUGGGCUGGCAGCCAUGUUCAGAGAGUUCACACAAAGCAAGAAAUCAGUCCUGAUUGAACACGGGAUUCGGAGGCUGACUUUCCUGGUAGCACAAAAGGACUUCAGGAAACAGGUCAACUAUGAGGUGGAUCAGAGAUUUCAUAGGGAGUUCCCAAAGUUCUUCACCUUCCGUGCCCGGGAUAAGUUUGAGGAGGACCGCAUUUACCGGCACCUGGAGCCAGCUCUGGCUUUUCAGCUGGAGUUGAACCGAAUGCGGAACUUUGACCUCACUGCCAUUCCCUGUGCCAAUCACAAAAUGCAUCUCUACCUGGGAGCAGCUAAAGUUGAAGUGGGAACAGAGGUGACAGACUACAGGUUCUUCGUGCGGGCUAUUAUAAGGCAUUCGGAUCUGGUUACCAAGGAAGCCUCCUUUGAGUAUCUGCAAAAUGAGGGGGAGCGGUUGCUGUUGGAAGCCAUGGAUGAGUUGGAGGUGGCAUUUAACAACACCAACGUGCGCACGGACUGCAAUCACAUCUUCCUGAAUUUCGUGCCUACUGUCAUCAUGGACCCAUCCAAGAUCGAGGAGUCGGUGCGGAGCAUGGUGAUGCGCUACGGGAGUCGCCUGUGGAAGCUCCGUGUGCUCCAAGCUGAGCUGAAGAUCAACAUCCGUUUGACUCCAACUGGGAAGGCGAUUCCCAUUCGGCUCUUCCUGACCAAUGAGUCAGGCUAUUAUUUGGACAUCAGCCUAUACAAGGAGGUGACGGACUCCAGAACAGCACAGAUUAUGUUCCAGGCGUAUGGGGAUAAACAGGGACCACUUCAUGGGAUGCUGAUCAAUACCCCCUACGUGACCAAAGAUCUGCUGCAGUCCAAGAGGUUCCAGGCACAGUCUUUAGGGACAUCAUAUGUCUAUGACAUUCCUGAGAUGUUUCGGCAGUCUCUGAUUAAACUCUGGGGUUCUAUGAAUGAACACGCAUUCCUGCCAACGCCGCCGCUGCCUUCCGACAUCCUCACGUACACCGAGUUGGUGUUGGAUGACCAGGGCCAGCUCGUGCACAUGAACAGGCUGCCAGGAGGAAAUGAGGUUGGGAUGGUGGCCUGGAAGAUGACUCUGAAGACCCCGGAGUAUCCCGAAGGCCGGGAUAUUAUUGUCAUUGGCAAUGACAUUACGUACCGGAUCGGCUCUUUCGGGCCUCAAGAGGAUGUGCUGUUCCUGAGGGCCUCAGAGCUUGCUCGCACACAUGGCAUCCCCCGUAUCUAUGUGGCUGCCAACAGUGGAGCCAGGAUUGGUUUGGCUGAGGAGAUUCGGCACAUGUUCCAAGUGGCUUGGGAAGACCCCAGUGACCCAUACAAGGGAUACAAAUACUUGUACCUGACUCCUCAAGACUAUAAGAAAGUGAGUGCCCUGAACUCGGUUCACUGUGAACAUGUGGAGGACAAUGGAGAGUCCAGGUAUAAGAUAACAGAUAUUAUCGGAAAGGAAGAUGGACUUGGAACAGAGAACCUCAGAGGAUCUGGGAUGAUUGCUGGAGAAUCAUCUUUAGCCUACGAGAGUGUUAUCACCAUCAACUUGGUUACAUGUCGGGCAAUUGGAAUUGGAGCUUACCUUGUCCGGCUGGGUCAGAGGACUAUCCAGGUGGAGAACUCUCACAUAAUCCUGACUGGCUGUGGAGCCCUCAACAAAGUGCUUGGACGGGAAGUUUAUACCUCCAACAACCAGCUGGGCGGGAUCCAGAUCAUGCACAACAACGGAGUGACGCACAGCACCGUGUGUGAUGAUUUUGAAGGAGUCUACACUAUCCUGCAGUGGCUUUCCUACAUGCCAAAGAGUGUUUACAGCCCUGUUCCCAUCCUCAAAGUCAAGGACCCUAUAGACAGACCCAUAGAGUUUGUUCCUACCAAGACUCCUUAUGAUCCUCGCUGGAUGCUGGCUGGGCGCCCCAAUCCGAAUCCGAGUCAAAAAGGACAGUGGCUGAGUGGUUUCUUUGACAAUGGCUCGUUCCUCGAGAUCAUGCAGCCCUGGGCACAGACGGUCGUGGUUGGUAGAGCCAGGCUGGGAGGAAUACCUGUAGGAGUUGUUGCCGUAGAAACAAGGACGGUGGAGCUCAGCAUCCCUGCAGAUCCUGCAAACCUGGACUCGGAGGCCAAGAUAAUCCAGCAGGCUGGUCAGGUGUGGUUCCCUGACUCUGCCUUCAAGACUGCACAGGCUAUCAAUGACUUCAACAGAGAAGGGCUGCCCUUGAUGGUCUUUGCAAACUGGAGAGGCUUCUCUGGUGGGAUGAAAGAUAUGUAUGACCAAGUGCUCAAGUUUGGUGCCUACAUCGUGGACGGCCUCAGGGAGUACCGCCAGCCUGUGCUGAUUUACAUCCCACCUCAAGCAGAGCUGAGGGGAGGCUCCUGGGCUGUCAUCGACCCCACCAUCAACCCCCGCCACAUGGAGAUGUAUGCGGACCGGGAGAGCAGAGGAGGGAUCCUGGAGCCCGAGGGGACGGUAGAGAUCAAGUUCCGGAGGAAGGAUCUGGUGAAGACGAUGAGGCGAGUGGACCCCGUCUACAUCCGCCUGGCAGAGCGGCUGGGUACCCCUGAGCUGAGCCCCACGGACCGCAAAGAGCUGGAGACGAAGCUGAAGGAGCGGGAGGAAUUCCUGAUUCCCAUCUACCACCAGGUAGCCAUGCAGUUUGCUGACCUGCACGACACGCCGGGCCGCAUGCAGGAGAAGGGGGUCAUAACGGAUAUUCUAGACUGGAAAACCUCCCGAACCUUCUUCUACUGGAGAUUGAGACGCCUUCUUCUGGAAGAUGUGGUCAAAAAGAAGAUCCACGAUGCCAAUCCCGAGCUGACCGACGGGCAGAUCCAGGCCAUGCUGAGGCGGUGGUUUGUGGAAGUUGAAGGCACAGUGAAGGGCUACCUGUGGGACAGCAACAAGGACCUGGUGGAGUGGCUGGAGAAGCAGCUGACGGAGGAGGAGGGAGUUCGCUCCGUGGUGGGAGAAAACAUCAAAUACAUCUCGAGGGAUUACAUCCUCAAACAGAUCCGCAGCCUGGUCCAGGCCAAUCCGGAGGUUGCCAUGGAUUCCAUAGUGCACAUGACCCAGCAUAUAUCACCCACGCAGCGCGCCGAGAUCGUGCGGAUCCUUUCCACAAUGGACUCCCCUUCAUCAACGUAAGAGCAUCAAUUCCCACACUGCCCCUGCCCGGCCCGCUACAGCGCAGGAGAAAAGCAGCAGCUCAGAACUGCCCUUUGUCUGCUUGACUGCGCCCACUGUACCGCGGCCGGGAGGCUCAGGGAGCGCUGCCACGGGGACAUCUGUACUGUUUGCAAUCAGACUGACCAGAGGAAGCGUGUUCCCCGGCCACAGACCUGAGGGACGUGAUGGAUAAACGCAAGCGCCUGCGGAACCCA